AUGGGAGGAGACGGUCAAGCACUUGCAAAUAAGCGUAGGCUUCUCGAAGACUCGAGGGUUUUCUUAACAGCCGACCAGCUGCGGAAGGUGGAGGGAAAGGCGCAGGGUGCGACACAGACCGAAAAGCAGCGGAGUGCGCAGCGAUGGACACACUGCGCCCUGUCGCUUGAGCCGUUGGAAUUUCCCGUUGUGUUUGAUCUCUGCGGCCGGUUGUACUCCAAGCGGGCCGUACUAGACGAGCUGCUAGGACAAAGGCAUCGACGUCCAACCAAGGAAAAAUCUGAGGGGGAGAAACCAGUAAUCGCGAGGCUUUCGGAUGUCUGCGAGAUUGCGGGCGUGGAGGACGGCGAGCGGCCGUGCAUCCAAUGCCCCUUGAGCGGAUUUGAGGCGUCGUCAGGGCUCCACAAGUUCGUUGGAUUUUGGGGCUGUGGACAUGUCGUGUGCACCGCUUCCUGCUCUGAGCCGGCCGUGAAGCAGAGUGGGGUGCGCGACGCCACCGGCAGCGCUGCGCCAACGUUUGUUGCAUGUCCGUUCUGUGGGGAGGAGAGCUUUCAGGUGCCGCUGAUACUCGACACGGAGGCCGAUGAAGUUGCUCAGUGGAAACGACUGCGUCCGCUGCAGCGCCUCGCCUGCAAACGUAGGCGAUCGAAAGGCUAA